AUGUCUACAGAAGUCAAUAAUAUGCAAGGGUGGAUGAAUGGUAUCUUUGAAGACCCCCCUGUCUUACGAAAUGGACAUGAUGCGCCAGCUCGUCAGGCUGGCAAUAACUUGCUGGAACGUCCGGGAACUGCAGGCCGUGCUCGAUUUGACCUAGCGCAUGAAGUGACUGUACGGAUCGCUUUCAAGAUCAGUUUUGAGGAAACCAAAGAGCAGCCAUGUGAUGAGGCGGCCGAUGGGCUUAUUGCAAAGGACACGGCGGGAAACAAAACAUCUCACAAUCAAGAAUUGAUCAAGGAGAACUUGGCUGAAGGCCGAGCAACACUUGACAUGCCACCCGACUGUCCUGAUUACCGCCGAUCAAUGAAACGCACCAGAUUUGAUAAGAACACAAGUUCAGCUAAAAGAUAUCAGAUUCAUUCGGCUGAAUUUCAGCGUCAACGUGAAGCCACUGAAGAAUCCCCUUCAACUCGUGGGAAAAAGACCAACUUGGAUAUGCGAUUACCAGCUUUGACCAAAACUCCCGACUCAAAAUCACAAAUAAAGUUGGCCCCAGGCCGCGAGCAUCAUCAAUCACAUAUUGACCCGUCAUUUUCCAAAAAGAAUUUCAUUGACCUAGCUGCAUCCUCAGAUAUCGAGGAUGAAACCAAAGUGUCUGAUGUCCACACUUCCGAUGAUAUCUGGAGCUCAGAGGAUAUCGAGAUCAUUACGGGCAGGCCAACACCCUUUGACAAGUUUUUGGCUUCCGCCGGUAUCAAACAACCUGUUGAUGAAAUCAGGAAUGUACUUUUUAACGCAGGAAUCAAAACCUGGACUGAUCUAUUACCCUCAAUCUCAGUGACCGAAUCGUCUGUGAUGGCUUUGGGAAUUGACAAAAUUGCUGCUGGAAUGCUACUUGCAGCAGCAAGUGCGCGUCAAGCAAGCAUAUUGGCGCGCUUUCAAAAUCCCCUAAAAAGAUAUCGUAAUAUCCUACCUUUGAAAUCAGAAAAAUGUUGGUAUUCUUCCCCAUCAAAGCCAUUGAGCCCAGUCUUGAGAGAUCCUUGUUCAUCAUUAUCGAUGUCUUUAAAUCUUUGA